UGUUUUUUUUUUUGUUGAUUUUGAUAGUGCGCUGUUCCCAGGACGACCCAAUCAUUAUAUUCUGUCGUUCAGUUUGUGUGUGCUAAUUUUCUUGAUUAGAAUUUGCUGAAUAGAAUUCGGUCGCAUUCGGCUCAUCACAAUCAUUAUACAAAAUGAAUGUGAAUUGUAUAAUGCGUGACACCUACAAUAGUAUAUAUAUAGAUAUUCAAUAGAAUAAACAAUAAAAAAAAGAGCACGAAAUAAGAAAGAAGUCAAAAACGUUGAGAAACGCACCUGUGUACGCUUUCGCUACAUGCAAUCAACGUUCAUUUUGACUUAUAUUGAUGUAUUUUAGCUUAAAAAACAUCAUCAUUAUCCGAAAGAGAAAGGCUAAAAAUAAAACAAUUCCAUGCAAUCAUUUUGAAUCGGUUUUGUUGUAAUUUGGUUGAAAAUUCACGCAAAUCACGUGAAUUGUGUGCCAGGCCAAAAGGAAAACGAAUGAAUAUGCAGUUAUAAAAUAUUUAUCAGUUGUUGUUCACAUUAACGAUUGGUUAAUUUUGUUAUUUAGUUACAUUGAUUCCUAACCCUCGAUAUACGAGAAAACGUAAAACAAUUACAACAUAAUUGAUAAUCAUCGCGGCAGCGAACAGAGGCAGUGACAUAAAAUAAAAACGACACAAAUCGAAAAAAGUGGAUUCCAAAUUGAACUGAAAUCGUAAAAAUAAAUCAAAAGAAAUCUGCUACUCAUCAGCAAAAAAAAGAAGAUUAACAAACAAUCAAUCUCUCUCUAUAUAUAAUGUAAACGCGUAACGAUGCAAAAUCGAUGUGACAGGCUAUAAAAUUGCCACUACCAGAAUUCCACAACAAAAAAAGAACGACGUUAAAUGCUCCUUCACUACAUGCUGGCGAUGAACAAAUAAACCAUUUCGAUUCAGUGAAAUAGAACAAAAGAAAUGUUCAAAUGAGAGCAAAAGAGAUAGAAAACCCCAACGAACGGCGGAAAGAACAAAUAUUAAAUGUGAUGUGGAUGGUGAAACAUUAAACUGAAUUGUGUUCAUGCGACAAAACAAUAGCAAAAAUCAUACAAAAAAGUAAAGAACAAAACACAAAAGCGAAUGAACGAACAAACAAACGAAAAAAAAAAACUUUUGCAUCGUUUAAGUACACAAGCGCAAAAUCGCCCCAAAAAUAGUUGAUCUUUACGAAUAUGGAUGAACCAUUUUUGAUGAAAGAAUGAUAGAGAGAGAGAGAGAAUGCAAGAGCCGAAGUGAUUUUUAACUCGGAAUUCAAAAAUUAGCACGCUGAAUUGCUGGUGAAAGUGCACUAUCGAAACUUCUAAUCCAAAUAAGCAAACAUCAAAAUAAAUAAAAAAAAUACAGAACGCAGCAGUUAAAAAAAAAAAUAAAUCUGUCCAGGGCUAGCAAUAAAUGUACAGUUUAGAAAAAUGUGCUGUUGAAUGUGAUGUAAUAUGCAAUAUUUAUGAAUCGCAACAAUUAACUACGUCAUGACCAAGUGUGAGGUGCAAAAAUGCACCUGCAAAGGCUGAGUAUCCAGCAAGAAUACACAUCAAACCUGGAGGCUUUUACGCAGGCAGCACUAAUUUUAUUUUUGGGAGUCGCAAUCAUCACAUCUAAUGCACUUAUUAUAGCGACGAUAAUUAAUUUCCGAGGUCCAACAGAAGUGAUCAACUGUUAUCUGCUGUCGCUCGCUUGCGUCGAUUUACUAUGUGGAUUGGUGAUAGUGCCGUUAUCAGUUUAUCCGGCUCUAACUGGUAACUGGCUCUAUGGCGAUUUAGUAUGCAGAUUUGUUGGAUAUCUCGAAGUGACCUUAUGGUCAAUAACGGUAUACACAUUUAUGUGGAUAUCAGUUGAUCGUUAUCUCGCUGUACGGAAGCCGUUACGUUAUGAAACAGUUCAAACGAAAACACGAUGUCAAUGUUGGAUGGUAUUCACAUGGAUUUCAUCGAUGAUGUUAUGCUGUCCACCAUUGCUCGGCUAUAGUAAACCCAUUUUCGAUGAAGAAGCCUACAUUUGUAAACUUGACUGGGGAAAUAUGGCGGCGUACAGUGCAACAUUGGCCAUCCUUGUGCUGGGACCCAGUGUUAUAUCAAUCGUUCAUAAUUAUGGUUACAUAUUCAUUAUGAUGCGACGUUUAAAAUCUGGCGCUCCGAUACAUGACAAAGAAUAUGCAACUGCAUUGGCCGAAAAUUUAGCAAAUCCAAGUCAUUUAAUGUCAUUUGCGUUGGUAUUCUCAUUUUGGGUAUCCUGGGCACCGUUCAUCAUCGUUCGUCUGUACGAGCUCAUAUUUGACACACUGAUCGAUAUUCCAAUGUUGCACUUUGCCAUUGUUUGGCUCGGCGUAAUGAAUUCGUUCUGGAAAAUUCUAAUUAUGAUGAGCAUGUCGCCGCAAUUUCGUCUACAUUUACGUGUAUUUUGCCUAACAAUUUGUUGUAAGACGAAGGGACGACUGCAGGCUGAGCUAAUUGGACUCGAUCCGGAUGACUAAUUGUUGCUAAACACACAAUGUACGUAUGCGUUUGCCUGAAUAAAAAAUCAUUUCGAACAAUUUACCGAAGCGAAAAAAAAAAACAAAAAAAAACAACAACAACAACAAAAUACACAAACAAAAGACGUAAACUAAAAUCGAAACCAAUUAUGCAACAUAUUAUAUAUAUGUUGAGAAUAACACAUCAAUAAAACCAAAAAGAAAAACGAAGAAAAUGAAAGAGAACGAACAAAAGGCUCGAACACGGUAUCAAAAGCAAAUGAGCGGUUAAAUGAAAUUUCGACCAUAUGCAUAAACAAAUGCAUUGCUUUGAAACGAAAAGAAUAAAGAGAAAAUGAACUGUCGUACACAAAUAGGCCAGCUGGUCAAACACUUUUCACAGAAAAUUGUUUUCUCUUCAGUCACAAAGAGCACGAGAGACGCCGGCUCGGAUAUACAAAAACAAACCAACAAAAUAACAUGUCAUAUAGCAAAAUGAUUAAGGCUAGUAUUAAUUUAGUGUUUUAUUUUUGUGUUUUCACUUUUUGGUUUUUGUGUAUGUAAUCAAUCAAGCAUUUUUGACUGAAUCUUUCGAAUUAGAAUAUAUUUUUAGGCUUUGCGAUUAAAUGAAGCUAAGUUAAAUACAUAUUCUAAAUGAUAUUUAAAAUUAAAAAAAAAAAUCGAUUAUACAUAUAAUUAAAUGUUGUUGCAGAAACAGAACAAACAAACAAAAAAAUUACUAUAUUAUAUCAAUGAAAUGCUAUUGAUUUCUAUAGCGAAACAGCAAAAUACAGGAAUAGUUGUCUAAUUGUGACGUGUAUGUAGUACGAUAAAAGUUCUAAUAAACGUUUCAAACUUCAAUUCUACUAUUUGCUGUUCGAUUUAUUUUUUGUUUAUGUCACAUCACGCACUUCGGCAUCGUAUUUAAAAUAUACAUGAAAAUAAAAUCACAUACAAACACAAGACUCAAACAACAAUUUGCAAACAAAACAUAAAGCUUCACACACCCAACAACGAACAAAUUGUUUGCAAAACGUAAAUAAGAUCAAUAAAAAUGUAGCCAUCGCAAAAUGUAUCUAUAACGGAAUCGGUUAAAUGUACAUGAUAAGAAUGUGCGAUUAAUUUCAAUUCAGUUAACCAAAACUCAAAACAAAACACACACUUUUCGUUUACAUUUUAUGUUUGUGUUUGUUUAUUUUGUCGCUUUCUGAUUAUGUUAAUAAAAGACUGACACCGAUGCAAACUAAUUAGGAUGUAAUUAAAUCUAAAAUGAACAAUGAGAGUAAUCGAAACGUAAACUCAGACACAAAAAAUAGCUAUGCCGAAAAAUGAUACAGAUUAACGUUGAACAGCGUGGUUCGUAUACACAUUUAACAACCAACGGACUGUUUCGUCUCGAAAAAAGAAAAAAGAUUUAAAAGUUUAAAAGAUCUCUAUUGAACUCCAUUAUUUACAUCAAUUUAUGCUCAAAAUUUAAAGUUCUAGUGGAUCCGACGAUUAUUUUCUUACUUUUAAACUUAAAACCAAAUAACAACACGAAAACGGCCAAUUACAGAAAAGCUGGGCAGAUUUCAAGCAACACAUUGAUACCGAUUUCAAAAGUACAAUUUCAGAAAACUUAUUAAGGCAGAAAAAUCGUCGGUAUAUACAAACUUUGUCACAUACUUUUCCUCGUUCCGUUUCUUUUUUCGCUUCAUCGAAAUCUCUAGAUAGUUUGCUAUGCUGAAUGCUUAAUGCAAACAAAUUCACUUCAUUCUUUCUAUCUGGUGUCUCUUUUUUUUCACUCGGCACAAACUUUUUUCUUUCACUUAUAUUGCCCGAAUUUUAAAAACCAUUCUAAGAGUAUGUGAAUCUGGGCAAAUAUUCAGUUCAGUUGGCUUUUAUCGACAUCGUCUUCUUCUUCUUCUUCUUCUUCAUUUCUCUCCAGUUUUUAGUAUCUUUCGUCGAAUUGGAAUGCAAACAGUGGCUUCAAGAAGAUAGACUAUAGUAUGCCUCAAACAUAGUACCAAAGAGACACACACAGCCAUUUACGGAUAAAAAAGAGACUAACUGCAGUAAAAUGAGCGUAAACGAAUUGAAAUCAAUUUGAAUUUCAAAUACUAUUGAAUGAGCUCGUUUUAUUGGGACUGAAUAAUUUUUCGAAAUGGUUGGACCGAGAGACAGGGAGAUGAUGAAAAGAGAUAUGAACAGAGCUUGCGAAAUUCGAAAAUUACUUGCGUGUAUUUUUUUCGUCAAUAGCAACAUUAUAAUAUUAAUAAUACAAAUAAUGUAUCCCGAUGAAAACUUAUAAUAAAAAACGAAACAUCGACCCAACAAAAUGAAGAGAAGAAGAACAAAUCUUAUUGAAUAAAAACAAAACACUAUGAGAAUUACAAACAAUGAAUUUCACUUGAAAAUGUGUAAUCUUAAAUAAAAAAUUAAAUUAAAUUAUGUAAAAGAAAACCUCCAUCAAGAGUGAGAUAGUAGUCAAUAAAAAAAAAUCUAAUCCUAACAACAACAAAAAAACAAACAUACAUUAAAACACAUUAAGAACAAUUUAAGAGAUCCAACGAAAACAGCUGACAAAAACCACGACGUUAUAUUUAAAUAAAACAAACCAACAGCAUUUAUAAUUUUGUGAAGCGCAAAAUCACAAAAUUAAUACGCAAAAUUGAACGAAAACUUAUGCACACACUACUAUAUAUUAAUUAUAAUUAUUGCAUUUGGUGAAGUAUUGAUCUUACUGGCGGGUGUUAUAUCAUUGAAAUGGAACAUAUGACAGACAUUCGAAUUUAUCGUAAAUCGUUGGUAUUACUUAUUAUUUUGCAUAUUUGGUGGUUAUUGGCGUGAGAAUGAUUCGUGCAAGGCAUUCUUUGAUUACAAUUCAGAAUAAUUUUCUGACACUCGAAUACGAUCUUGAAUAAGUUGGAAAGAUUGAACUUAUCCCAAGUUCAAAUUGAUAAUUCCGAAUUGUGAGUUGUAUCAAUGAAUCAUGACACUGGAGAACAUUGUUGAAUAUUCAGUCGCUUAACACAGGGCCACAUCUAGUUCGGAAGCUUUGAUUUUUUUUUGAUCCGGGGCGAUUUUAAUUUAACUGGAAUUCCCAAUAUUUCUUAUAUGGAAAGAUAUGGAAAAGAGUUUGAAAUUGUUGAAAAAUAUAUUCAGACGUCGAGAAGAUCAUAUACAUGUAUUUUUGUAUGAAAAAUAUUCCGAAUUCCAAUUGCAUUUUCGAAUAAUUUUUCGAAAUUUACAAUCUCGAAUUGUUUGUCUCGCGUGGAGCUAGAAUUUAUAACAAAAUUAAUUAUGCAUUGUACUGAUUUUAAAGUAAAACCAAUUGUAUAAGUUUUACACAAUAAUGCAUUUAGCAUAACAACAACAACAACAAAAAAUAAACAAAUAUUUGUAAUAGUUCUUUUUUAUUCAUUAUCGUGACAAGCAAAAGCCAAAAGACUUAAAAAAAGGAAAUCAUUUAUUGUGCUACUUUAAAUUACAAAUGGACAAAAUACCAAUUUAAAACCAAAUGAAAUUAGUAAUUAAAAAAACACACACACACAUUAAAAAUAUAGGUAGAGUCGACAUGACAAAAAGCAACAACUGUUAAGUUAAGUGCGACCAGUGAGUCACGCAUCACAAAUUAUAAGGGGCUUCUACAUAUUGCACACUAUUUUUUUUUAUUUUCACUUGUGUUCAUUUUCAUUUUAAAAUUCAACAACAGUCCAUAGAUGUACACUUACCUAGUUAAAUGAAUCUUUAAUAAUUACAAAACGAUAAGUGCACGCACUUCAAAGCUUCAAAAAAAGCUUCAGUGAUUUAAUUUUUAGUUUUUAUUAUUUGAAAUUUUUCCGAUUACAUACUGGUUUUCUCACGAAUAUCCCCUUGUAUGUUGUGAAACUUUUCGCGAAAUCACCAAUUACGCCAUAUUUAUAUCGAAUUCGGAGAAAAAAACGGCGCUCAAUUCUAUAAAUUGAAAAAAAUAAAAUAAAAUUUGAAAAACGAUACGUGACAUAAGAGAAGAAGCAACCAAUCAUUGUCGUAAUGCGAAUAAAUUAAAACAAUUAGAAAUGGCAUUCUGAAUAGAAAUUCAGAAAUGAGAGUACAUAAAAAGGAACUUUAAAGUAUUGCUGAGCGUUGAAAAUAAGGGAGAGACGAUUGACAAUCACGGACAUGACUAUAAUGGUGGCAGGGUUCUGCUAGUUAAAAACUUAAAUGACGUAACCACAAUGAAUUCAAUGCGUCAAUUUCAAGGCAUUUUAAUUGAGUGUAUGUUGAUUAUUGUUACGCUUGAUUGGCAUAUUUUAUGUAUAUUUUUUGUUCAUGGGCGCCUCAAUUUUCUGUUCCUAUGCAAAUGGGAAUAGGAAACACACAUGUUCUAUGUUCAAGAUCUUUUACGUAAAAUUGCAAUAAAUUAGAAGAAAGCGAAAACAAAGCGUACAUUGGUUAUAUUAUACCUCGAACACGCAACCGUAUUUAUUCUUCAAUUUUUCAUUGAUGUAUGAGAAGGCUUUUUUUACCAAACAUCAUAUUCAAUAUAUACGAAUUCAAUAGAAGAAAAAAACUAUCGAUUUUAUUUUCUCUGCGAUUUGUUGUUCUUUUUUUUGUACCUAUUAAUACGCCGACAUGAUGAUGUAGCUCUUCACCAUUUACAUCAACACAAUAGUUACCAUACAUCAAAAACACAUUCAAUUUUACGUGAAGAUGAGAAUUUCAAAAAAAUGGUUCGAUGUGAGAAUUGAAUUUCAAAAGUGUAAAUCAGAAUUAUUAGAACAAAUUACUUCAAUAACAUUGGCCAGAAAUGUGGCGUUUUAGGCAUAAAAACCAGUUUACUUGAAAUAUAGCACACUAUGCUUAGAUGGUGAAAUAAUAAUAAAUUAUAUAUGAUUGAGAAGAAUUUACCACCAAUAAUUUUGAAUGUAGUCGUGGAUUAUAUUUUCAUGGUCAAUUACACCAGAGAGAAAGAGAGAGUAUAUAUGAAAAUUCACGAUUACUUUCAUAGGUCAAUGAAAUUCUCUGGCGCCAAAUAGGUGUGUUAUAAAAAUGCGUGUGCAUGUAAAUGAAUCUGCUUGUGUUUUUUUAUUCCUUAUUAUGCUCAAGUAUCUCCUAUUUAUUUUUAUUUUUGCACAUGAAUGCUUUCUUUUGAUUUUCUUGCAAAAAAAAAUAUAUGCAGGAACGAUGGUAUUUACUUUCUUUCAUUCUUCAUUCCGCUUGGAAACGCUAAUUAGUCACGACUUAUGAUGUUUAUUUGCAUUCCAUUUGAAGAAAAAUCAACGUAAAUACUAUUCGAAACACAUCACUGAUACAAAACAAAUAAUUAAGUCUGCUUCUGCAUGUAAAUAAGCAGGGUGAAUUACACAAUGAACGCAAAAUAUACAAUAAAAAGACAUAAUUUUAUGAACAUAGGAUAAAAAAAUGCGUGUCAAUAAUUAAAUUGUAUAAUUAUGUGAAGUUUCCACAGGGCCUACAAUGGUGUUUCUCAUAUGUGAAAAAUAGAAAAGUGAAAAAAAUUCCCUCUCAAUUGAUGACAUUCGACAAAAUGAAGCAAGUGACUUCUUGAAGUGAAAAAAAAAAUGAAUGUGGUCUGAAUAUCGCUUUGUCGAACUGCCAUCAAUUGAAACAGCAUUUUCCAUACGUUUGAAAACGAUACACGGCACUUUUCGGUUUCCUGAUAUGAGAAACACCCUAACCUACACACACAAAUCAUAAAUCCAACAUCACAACAUAAUGUUUCGCUAUGAUGAACCAUUCGCAAUAUGGUUAUUAUAAAUAUUUCGAUUUCAUUUUGGUUCAGUCUAAAAUCGAUAUAAUUCAAAUCUUCACUCAUUUCAGUAUUUCUUGAUUGAUUGAGAAAUACGGAAAACAUAUUUAAUGUAGAACAAAUAAACGAAGAGAAUAAGAAAAAAAUUAAAAUAAAUAAAAAAAAUUAUAACUUUUCUAAGAGUAAGGUAGUUUUUAGAUUUGAAUGUGAUGAUGAUGAUUUCGAUUAUAAGUGAACAUUUAAAAAAAACAAUGUGUAUCAAUUUCAAACACUAUAAUUCUAUUUUUCCAUGAUAAUCAAUCGAAUGUUCAAACAUUUAUCAACCGAAUGCAAUAAAUAGUAUCAAUUUUGGUGUUCAAAUGGAAUCUCUAAUAUGAUAAAUUUUUUUCUCGAGAAAAUUCUUCGUUUUAUCACUAACAAAACAAAACAAAAAAAAAAAUUCAAAUGAUUAUAAAUGAUAGUGAGAAAAUUACAAAAAAUUAAACUAACAAGUCAUUGCAUUAUCUAUUUUCAACUAAACUUAUGCAGUAAAGAUUGUUCAAAUUGAUUUUGUUAUGAACGUCAUCGGUGACAAGACAGGAACCGAAUUCUUCGUGUGAAAUCAGAACAUUCAACAAUCAGCCGUCACAUUUGAUGCACAUAAUUGAAAUCAAUAUUGCAACAAAGCAACAACAACAAAAUUUAUUCGCUAAUUUAUAUCAAUGUAUUACUAUCUAAAGUAUUUUUAAACACACACACUCACACAAUGUUUAAUGUCUAUUUACUACUUGUACGCUCGCAUUCGCCUAACUGUUAGUUUAAACUACAAAAACAACAACAACAUAUAUAAAGUGACGUCGGUGUUAUACAUGUAAAUGACUAAUUUCGCGUAGAACUUAAUUUAUAUCUUUUUAAUGGAUAAAAACAAACGACUACAUCUAAUGCUUCGAUCGGUUUUAAACACUCUCAACUUUUAACUUCUACUUAAAAAAAAAAUUAAGGAAAAUGAAAACAAACACACAUACAAUGAACUUAUUGAUAAAACCAGUCAAAUCAACAGCGAUACACAGAGAGGUAGAGAGAUGGAGGGAGAGAGAGAGAGAGAGAGAGCGAGGAAGGGAAGAAGACAUAGAAACUGCUGCAUUGAUGAUUUAAUGCUAUAUGAAUGCAAUAAGCACAUUUUUAUUAACAUCAUCAUACUAUGUAAGACAAAAAAAAAAAAACAGUGAAAAUGAGAAUCAAUCACAGAACACGACGUAAGAUCUGUGAUAAGAAUAAUAUAUAUAUGUGUAUUAUGAGAAUUAUUAUUAUAUAUUAUUCAAAGUAAACACCAACAAACAAUUUAGAUAUAUAACAAUUAUGAAUCUUUAAUUUUUAAGUUGCAAAAUUGUUAAGCAACCACAUAGGAAUAACUCAGUCGUAUCUACAAUAGGGUGUUGCACAUACCUGUGACGAUAAAAAAAAAAUGUGCUUAGUAUCAAAUUAAAGUUAUAAAAAAUUCAAUUUAAAUACGAAGUGGUUGCAUUCAAACAGCGAUGAAUACUAAGACUUUCC